UAAUGCAAAAAUAUUAGAAAGUUUUUCAUAGAAGACGACGAUAUUAACCACAAUUCUCUCGUUAAAGUUAACAAAGACUUCACGGCGAAAUUAGUUAAAUGAGCAAUAAGCCAAUAACAUAAUUUCUUACCUACCCAAAUAGCGGCAAGCAACAAAACAGGAAGCAGUGCCACACUUCCGCCGGCUGAGAUUUUCUCAGCCUACGAAUGGCCGACUGAAUCGCUGAGAUUGAGGCACACAGCACUAACACAUCCCCUUUUAAUUACAUCUUCGCUCAAACUCAAAUCUUGCUCCUUUAGACCGUUGACUAGACACUCUCUCUCUUUCAUCAACCAAUGGCUGACUCUGGUGUUCUUUUGGGCAUGGGCAAUCCCCUGUUGGACAUCUCUGCCGUAGUAGAUGAUGACUUCUUGAAUAAAUACGACAUCAAGUUGAACGAUGCAAUUCUUGCUGAGGAGAAGCAUUUAACUAUGUAUGAUGAAAUGUCUUCGAAAUACACUGUGGAGUUCAUUGCCGGAGGAGCUACUCAAAAUUCAAUUAGAGUUGCCCAGUGGAUGCUUCAAAUUCCUGGUGCAACAAGCUUCAUUGGUUGCAUCGGAAAGGACAAGUUUGGUGAGGAGAUGAAGAAAAGCUCAAAUUUUGCUGGGGUUAAUGUUCAGUAUUAUGAGGAUGAGGCUGCACCUACUGGAACUUGUGCUGUCUGUAUUGUGGGUGGCGAAAGGUCACUAGUUGCAAAUUUGUCAGCUGCAAAUUGUUACAAAUCUGACCAUCUGAAAAAACCAGAAAAUUGGGCACUAGUUGAGAAGGCCAAGUACUUCUAUAUUGCCGGGUUCUUUCUCCCUGUAUCCCAGGAGUCCGUACAAUUUGUUGCUGAACAUGCAGCUGCGAAUAACAAGGUCUUCAUAACAAACCUUUCUGCUCCGUAUCUCUGCGAGUUCUUCAAGGAUGUGCAGGAUAAAUUUAUGCCGUACACGGAUUUUGUCUUUGGAAAUGAGACAGAAGCAAAAACCUUUUCAAGAGUUCAUGGUUGGGAGACAGAUGAUGUUGAGGAGAUAGCUCUGAAGAUUUCCCAGUGGCCCAAAGCAUCAGGAGCACACAAAAGGAUUACUGUUAUUACUCAGGGUGCUGAUCCUGUUGUUGUGGCUGAGGAUGGGAAAUUGGGGAAGUUCCCUGUGGUAUUGUUACCAAAAGAAAAACUGGUUGAUACAAAUGGAGCAGGGGAUGCGUUUGUUGGAGGAUUUUUAUCACAGUUGGUUCAAGAGAAGUCCAUAGAAGAAUGUGUGAGGGCUGGUUCUUAUGCAUCCAAUGUUAUCAUUCAAAGGUGUGGCUGCACUUUCCCUGAAACUCCUGAUUUCAAAUGAGCAAUGUUGCCGCCUGCCGGCACUGACUAGCCAGAAAAUAAUUUUGGGCGGGCUAAUAUUAAUAAGACAAGAAUUAUACACUUUCAACUUAAGGGUCCCGAAUGAUUAAUUGAGGUGUGAACAAGCUGGCUCAAA